AUGGAUCCACCCAAAACUAAGUCUAAGACUAGCAAUGAUGCAGAUCAGAAGACCCUAUUUGUCAGAGCUAUUCCAUAUACUACCACAGGUGAACAAUUGACUGACUUUUUUUCGAAUUUUGCUCCAGUUAAGCACUCUGCUAUCGUUACUGAUGCAGGUAAUAAUUCAAAGGGUUUCGGCUUUGUCACUUUUCCAACAAAUGAAGAUUGUAAAAUAGCUUUGGACAGUUGCAAACUGCAUAAAUACAAUGACAAAUUGUUGCUAGCCGAGUAUGCUAAGAAAAGACAAAGAAAACCUAUGCUUAAAUCUAAUAAUAAAGAUAAACAUCUAAAUGAAAAUAUCACCACUAAAAACCAUGAUAACCAUGAUGACACACAUAAUAAAAAGAGAAAUCCAAGAUUAAUUAUCAGAAAUUUACCCUGGAAGGUAAAGAAACCAAAAUUGAUAUUAAAAUACUUUCAAAGGUUUGGUAGUGUUUUAAACUCGAUAAUACCAAGAGGUGAAAACAGUCGGAUGUCUGGCUUUGCCAUAAUAACAAUGAAAAAACAAAAAGCAGCUAAAGCAGCUGUAGAUUACUAUUCUAAAAAUCCUUUAAAAAUUUUUGAUAGAGAAGUUGCAAUAGAUUUUGCGAUUUCAAAAGAUAAAUGGAUAGAAUAUAGGAAAACUCUUCAAGAUAAAAGCGUUAGCAAUAACGGCAAAAAUAGUAAAACUGUUGAAAAACACAUAAAUGACUCAAAAGAUGAGUCUGGGAAUUCAGCUAAAGAAUCAGAUGAUGAUAAUGAUGAUAAGACUCUUGAUGAAAAAUCCGAUUAUGAAUCUGAUGAAGAAGAUUCGGUAACUGAUGAGGAAAAGCUUUCAAAUAAUCAUCCUCAAAAUGGCACAGGCAUUGGAUCAAAUAAUCAGGAUGAAGAAAACCAAUUUGAAAAAAGACCCCCUAAAAACACAGUCGAACCCUAUCUAAUAUUUGUCAAAAAUCUUCCAUACGAUGCUACAUCCAAAAGCUUAACUGAACACUUUGAACAAUUUGGUAAAAUUAAAUAUGCCUUACCUGUUAUUGACAAAAAAUCGGGUUUGGCAAAGGGAACCGGCUUUAUUUCAUUUUAUGAAAAAGAAUCUUUUGAUAACUGUCUUAACAAUGCUCCUGAUGCAAAUCACAUAUCUAUGUUGAUUUCUGAUGAUGUUCCUCCACUUUAUGUCUUUGAGGGAAGGAUUUUGUCGAUAGCUUCAGCUGUUUCAAAAGAAAGAGCAAGUGUAUUAACUGAGCAAAACUCAAAAAAAAGAUUAGAAAAUCUCGGAAAAUUGCCUGAUGAGAAAGAUAAACGAAAUUUGUUUUUGUUGAAUGAAGGUAGAAUAACUGAAAAUUCAAAAGUUUUUAAAUUAGGUUUAAUAUCUAAAAAAGAUAUGUCGAUUAGAGAACAAUCCUACAAUUUGAGAAUUUUCCAAUUAAACAAAAACUCUUCUUUACACUUAUCUCUUACUCGUCUUGCUGUAAGAAAUAUUCCCAGAUCUUUGACUGAAAAAGGUUUGAAAGCUUUAGGUCGUAAAGCAAUUGUGGAAUUCGCUAAAGAAGUAAAAGGAAACAAAAGACAACCUCUAUCUAAAGAAGAACUUACAAGAUCUACUAGAUUUAAACAAAUCAAUGAAAUCCCUAAUGAUAAUACUACUGAAAACUCGGCUUUGAAAAAAAAGAAAACAAAGAACACUGGUGUCAUUAAACAAGCUAAAAUUAUGAUUGAAAUAAAAGAUGGUGGAAAAGAAGGAAGAUCCAGGGGUUAUGGGUUUUUGGAAUUUAGAGACCAUAAACAUGCUUUAAUGGGUUUGAGAUGGCUUAAUGCUCAUGAGGUCACAGAAGAAGAAAUUCUUGAAGGUUUAGAUGAAGAAGGAACUCAAAGUUUUGAAUACAAUUCUCAGAAUAAAAGAAGAUUAGUUGUAGAGUUUGCUGUGGAAAACUCUUUGGUUGCAAAACGUAGAAGAGAAGCGAAGACAAAACAAUUGUAUCUGGGGAAAAAUUCUUCCAAUAACAGAAAUGAAUAUAGCACAGGUCAACAUGGAAGUAGAAAAUAUGAAAAUGUUACCAGAAGUAUCUAUAAUAGUCAAAAAAGAAAGAGAAAUGAUAAUGAAAUUGAAAAAAUCGACUCAAAUGGCAACCAUUCAAAUUUUAAAAGAAAAAGGUUAGGAAAACAAAACAAUAAAAGUGGUAAUUUCAAAAAAAGUCAAGUUGCUCAAUAA